CUGUUUGAUCCCAGCAUAAAGAAGAAGAAAAAGAAGAAGAAGACACCAUUCGAUCUUGAUGCAGCCAUGGCAGGGGAAACUAAUGCAGAGCCAGUAGAGAAUAGAACAGAAGACAGAAUUGAGGCUUUUGUUGUAGAGGAAGAAUUGGAAGAAAAAAAGGAAGAAGAUGAUUUUGCUUAUGAUCUGGAUGACUUCUCUGGGAAGAAAAAGAAAAAGAAAAAGAAAGCUAAAGUUCUAGAUUUGGAUGCACUGGAUGGUGGCACUGCAGAGACAGGAGAAGGCACAGCUAAACAAGAUGACGAGUCGUUAGGCUUAAGUGAUGGCACCGCGUGGUCUGGGUCAGACAGAGAUUAUACCUAUGAAGAGCUGCUCACACGGGUGUUUGACAUUAUGAGAGAGAAAAAUCCAGACAUGGUUGCUGGUGACAAGAAGCGGUUUGUAAUGCGUCCGCCACAAGUCUGCCGCGUAGGAACAAAGAAGACGUCUUUUGCUAACUUCGCUGAUAUCUGCAAAAUUCUUCAUAGGCAACCAAAACAUCUAUUAGCCUUUUUGAUGGCCGAGCUGGGAACAAGUGGUUCAGUGGAUGGAAACAACCAGCUGAUUAUCAAGGGAAAAUUUCAACAGAAACAAAUAGAAAAUGUUUUACGAAGAUAUAUUAAGGAGUACGUGACCUGCCACACGUGUCGAUCCCCAGACACCAUCCUCCAAAAGGACACGCGACUGUUCUUCCUGCAGUGCGAGAUGUGUGGAUCCCGAUGUAGUGUUGCUAGUAUCAAGUCUGGCUUCCAGGCCGUCACAGGCAAGCGCGCUGCUAUCCGCGCAAAGCAAACUUAAAGUGACUCAACGGUGCCUCGGUUUUGCACUUGGCUCUUGAAUGCCGUAUCAACUGGUAUUCGGCAGUUGACACAUAGACUGAGUAAGCCAGGCAUGGUUUUUCUAGACAGUCGAGAUCAAACAGCAAUUCAAGUGAGGUACGGAGGCACUAGUUCAGUAGACAUUAUGAGGACUCCCGAUCUGAUAACUGUGUGGUACAAAACAUUGUAGUCUCUGCCACUGUUUAUUGUAUCCAUGUUUGUGACAACACGGUAUGUGGUGGCGGUCUCGCUAUUUUGAUAAACAUUGUAAUAGGCAACGAGUGGUUUUUGUUUUGCAUGCUGUUAAAUAUACGGGGUUUCAGUAUUGGGGACAUGACAACAGCUUUAUUUGUCAGUUGGCUGUUAACUUACUGCACCCUUGCAUUGCAACUUAUGAAAUUACAAUGGUUAUUUAUGAAAUAUAGCUUAUCUGAGGACACGUCUUUUUUUAAAUACCAUGGCUAAAUUGCUACACAUUAACAUGGAAUUAGCAAAAAUGCUUAACUUAUGCUGCCAUGCUAUAUAAAAAUGACAAAUGUGUAAUUUACUACAAACGAUUAAUUCGGUUCACUGGAGAUCCUUAUACAAUAGGUUCUCAGCUGCUGGCUAGGUAUUUUGGGAACAACAAAAUUGAUUCUCUGUCAGAAUGUUUUCAAUGCCAUAUAGAAUGGUAAUGUUCAUGUAACAAAAUGAUGCAAUUUGUGUGUAAACUUUAAACUAACAGUCAUCAUGAUAUGAACGGAUUGGUAACAACCUCUAUCCUAAAAAUAUCAUAUCAGUACAGGAAGUCCGAAUUACACUAGAAAAUUGGAUUUAUUUAACGCGUGACAGUAUCCUUUCCUCGCGCAUGUAUAUUUACCAAGUCGGAGCAAAGAUCGUUUCCAAUUGGGUCACACAUAUGUAGGUAAUCGCUUCAUAAAGGCACGUUUGCUUAGGACAUUGCUGUGUAGCACUAAUGCACACAGACUGACAAUGCUAAUUUUGCCAGACCUGCCCACGAGUGCAUAUAGGCCAAGGAAUACAUGCGCGUUGGUGUUGUUACUACUAUACAUGUGAUCACUAAGUUGCAGUAAACUGUUGCUACUGAGUGAUUUUCCAAUAAACAGUUAACCUGUAAUUGUGUUUACUUUUUAAA